AUGUAUAGAAGAAUUUCAAAUAGAAUUAAGUGGAAUAAAAAUGAAGAGAAUAAAAAUUUAAAUGAUCUAUAUAUAUAUAAAAAAAAAUUUACAAAUCUUAAUAAAAAUACAAUAAAUAAUAUUAAAAAAACUAAUAUUUUUUUAAAUGCACAAAGUGAUAUAAAAGAUGAAAAAAAUAACUUACGUAAUAAAGAAAGUAAAACAAUUUUAAAAAAAAAAAAAGCAAGUAAUGAUACCAAACAUUUAAGUACUAUUAAUAAAAAAAUAACUAUUUCGAAUAUUCCACACGGUACCAAAAACGAGACUCAAAAUAAUAAAACAUUAUAUUUAAAUAAAGAAUAUGAUGCAAAAAAAAAUUCAAAAAAUUUAUCAAAUGAUCAUAUAAAAAAAAAUCGGAAUGAUGUACUUUUAAAUGAAAAUUUUUUAAAUGAAGGUAAUUCUAAUUUAAUUUUUAACGGCGAAAAAGAAAUAAAAAAAAAAUACAGUGCAAAGAAUAAUGUAAAUAAUAUAAUAAAUUAUAAUGAUUGCUCUUUAAAAAAAUUUUUAAAUUUAAAUGAAAUUAACAAAAAUAUUCAUGCAAAUAAAAGUAUUAUUAAUAAUGUAUUAAUAAAUAAUAUCGAUGAUAAAAAGAAUGUGCAAUAUGAGGCACUAAAUAAAAUACGUAAAAUAAAUGAUGAAUUAAAAAAUAAAAUUUUUAAUAUGGAAGAAGUAAAUAAAAAUAGAUUAUCAGUAAGAAAUAACAAUAAUAAAAAUUUCUUAGAAAAUAUAAAUGAGUAUCCUAUAACAUCUAAGAACAUAUAUGACAGUAUAUAUAUACCUCAAAUAAAUAUAAAAAAUAUAACUAACUGUGAUAUUAGUAAUAAUAGUAAUAGUAAUAAUAGUAAUAGUAAUAGUAAUAAUAAUAAUAAUAAUAAUAAUAAUAAUAAUAAUAAUAAUAAUAAUAACAACAGCAACACAAGAAAGGGAGAAAAUAAUAGCAAUAAUUUAAUAAAUACGUUAAAUGCGUAUUCUAAUGUGAAAGUAGCAGUUCGAAUAAAGCCAAUAGCUGACUCAGAAGAAAAUAUUGUUUCCAUUUUUAACAAAAAUUAUGUACUUAUUGAAAAAGAAAACGAAAAAGAAUGUUAUUUAUUGUCUCAAAAAAAAAAGCAAGCAACAUAUGUAUUUGACGUAGUAUUUGAUGUAAACGCAACUCAAGAAGAAGUUUUUUUUCAUACAGCUAAACCUUUAAUACCUCAUGUUUUUAAAGGUAUUAAUUGUACUGUUUUUGCUUAUGGAGCUACAGGGUCAGGAAAAACUUAUACUAUGCUUGAUGAUAAAAAUCAAAAUGGAAUAGUUCAAUUAUCCCUUUUAGAAUUAUUUACUAUUAUAAAAGAAGAAAAGUGCAGAAAUAUAAAAAUAGUUAUGAGUUUUCUAGAAGUAUAUAAUGAAACUAUUAGAGAUUUAUUAGGAAAAGAAAAAAAUAAGACUCUAGAAGUGCAAGAAGAUAUUGCUGAAGUAAAAGUAAGCAAUUUAUGUGAAGUUGAAGUUAAGAGUUAUGAGCAAGCAAUGUUAUUAAUAAUUGAAGGAGUUAAAAAUAGGAAAAUGUCUCCUACUAGAGCAAAUAAAGUAUCAAGUAGAUCUCAUGCAAUUUUACAAAUAUAUGUAUUUAAUGAAAUAUUAGAUAGCAAUAUGAAUGUAGUAAAUUAUAAGGCAAAAUUAUGCUUUGUUGAUUUGGCUGGAUCUGAGAGAGCUAGUGCUACUUCUAAUAAAGGAGAGCGGUUUAAGGAAGGCUCAUAUAUUAAUCAAUCUUUAUUAGCAUUAGCUAAUUGCAUUAAUUCUCUUGCAUCAAAUAGAAAUGUUUCAAAAGUAAGAGUAAAAUAUAGAGAUAGUAAAUUAACUCAUUUAUUAAAAAAUUCUUUGGAAGGAAACUGCCUAGUAGUUAUGAUAGCUAAUAUAAAUCCUUCUAGAAAAUCCUUUCAAGAAUCUAAUAAUACUCUUAAAUAUGCAUUUCGAGCAAGAAAUAUAAAAUUAUGUGCAACUGUGCAGACAAACGAUAAUAAAGAAAGCGAUAUAGAAAAAAUAUUAAAAAAAAAUGAUAUGUUACAAAAGGAAUAUGAUUUAUUAUUGAGCAAAUAUAAUAAUUUAAAAGAUUUUUAUUCUGAAUUAAAAAUCUUAUUUCAAUUAUAUAAAAAUGCACUCUCAUGCUAUCAACGAAAAGAAAAUUGUUCUGAUAAUUUAUACACAUUAGAAUUAAAACAAGAAAUUUCUAUAUAUGAGCAACUUAUAAAAAUUAAAUUAGAAGAAUCAAAAAAAAAAAUAGUUAAUACAAAUGAUAAUGAUGAUAAAAAAUUUAUUAAUAUUUUUGAUCCAUUUAUUAAUAAAAAUUUAGAUUACUUUAUACAUAAUAAUUUUAAUAUUUUAAAUGAGUUAGAAGAAGAAAAAAAAGUUCUAUUAGAUGAUAAACUCUUAAAAAAUAAUGAUAUUAAAGUAAACGAAAACUUAUUUGGAAGCAACGGUGAUUACACGAAAAAUAAAAUAAAAAUUAUAUCUGAUGAUGAUAAAAUAAAUAUUGAAUCAAAUCAAAGUACUAAAAAUAUAAGCCCACUUUUAAACAAUAAUAUAAAAGACGUUAAAAGUAAUGCUCGAAAUAGUCAUAGGAUAAGUAAUAAUGGAAACAUAAUAAAUAAUUAUAAUAAAAUACAUAAUGAAAGUAAUUGCGAUGAUAAUUUAAAAAAUGUAAAUAUUGCAAUUGAAAAUAAAGAAAUUAAAAGCGAAGUGUAUAUGAAAAAAAAUUUAAAUAUAUGUGAAAGUAGAAGGAAUAAUAUGAAUUGUAUAAAAGAUUCCAAUAUAAAUAUUAUUGAUGAAAGAAAUUAUAUAAAGUUAAUUAACGAUGAUAAUAAGAAUAUAAUAAAUAAUAUUAAUGAAAAUAUUAAAAUUAAAUUGAUAAAUGAUGAAAAAAAAGAACAAUUUGAAGACAUUCAUAAUAACCUAACUGAUAUGCAAAAUUCUAUUUUAUUUAACACAAUUAAUAAACAAAUAGAAAAUAAUCCACUUUCAUCUGAAGCGAAAAAUAAUGGUAAUGAAUUAUUGAUAAAAAGUACUUUAAAUGCAAAGAGGCUUAUUUUAAAUGAAAACAUAAAUAAAAAAAAUUUAAUAGAUGAAUUUAUAAAUAAUGAAAGCAUUAAUAAUCAAAUUAUAAAUAAUGAAAACAUUACUAAUGAAAUUACUAGUAAUGGAAAUGCAAAUAGUCACAAUAUAAUAAAUGAAAAUAUAAAUAAAGGUAAUAUAUUUAAAAUAAAUACAUUAGAUGAACACAAUAUAAAUGAAUGUAAAGAAGAACUUCAUGAUAUCUGUGUAUUAGAUAGAAAUGAAAUAGAGAAUGAUAAUGCAAGUUUAUGUAACAAAAUUACUUAUACAGUAACAAAUAAUAGUGUUGUUAAUCUUAUGAAAAAAAAAGAUAGUAAACAGUUAAUUAUUAAUAGUGACAAACUAAAAGAAAAUAAGAGGAAAAUGGAUUUAUUUGAAGAUAAUUUAAAACAUGAACAUAAUGAGGAUAGUACUUUAAUAAUUAAAAAAAAAAAAAUUAAAAAUAAAAUGUAA